AUAUCGGGCCAAAUGCAAAGUGGGUCUGCACGGACAUCUAAGACCUUGAAGCAAUUACAUCACUGUACUGCUGGCCUGCGUGGCCCAUCCGCUUACCGACAGGUCGAUUUUGCUGCCUUGCCGAUAGAUUUUCCCCCAAUUUCUCCCAGCCACCUUUAUUUUAUACUACGCCUGCCGAAAUCCUUUAUCGCUGAUAAGGAUCGCGGUUGUACGGAGGUAUGCACGCCUGUCACUCCCAGUCAUUGAUUGAUCUUUUCCUCUAAGGCAUUGUGGCUGACAUCCCCAGUCACUCUGGUCGCAAUCUUAACUCCCAUGUUGUUCGCACCCCUCCUGGCCUACGUCGUAUGGCCAUCCUUUGCCGAAUUCGUCACCGCAAAUGUAUCGACGUCCGACAUCACGCAAUCCGAUCAGAUCAUACAGCGCAAUGCUCUCAUUGAGUCAUACCUUGGCCAUCGGCCCAUACGGGGGGUCAGGAAGAUGAGCGACGAUGAGGGCGAAAAGUUCUUCAUGGAUUAUUGGCAAUUUGAUGACGACGACGACGAGAACUAUUAUACGAUCGGCAACUCGUCCAACACCGCCGAUGAGUUGACGUCGCCAGCAAGACGUUCUGAGAAUCUACAAACGACGGAGGAAAUCGACUUUCAACCACAGACAUACCCCUUCAACCCCUCGUACUGGAGUGGUUUGGAAGGCGAGGGGCGCGGUUGGAGGGCGGAUUUCUCACCGCUUCUUCGGCGGGACUUCCGUUGUCCGAGCGGCACCUCCAACUGCACAUCGAUCGACCGGCCCGACAGCUGCUGCAGUACGGAUGAUACGUGCGUCCUGGUCAAGGACACCGGGUCCGGGGACGUGGGCUGUUGUCCGAAGGGCAAGACCUGCUCGGGCACCAUCGGCUCAUGUUCCGAGGGGUACUCCAGCUGCCCGUCAUCCAUGGGCGGCGGAUGCUGCAUUCCAGGCUAUGAGUGCGUUACUGGUGGCUGUAUACGGGUAUUUACCGUCACGGUGACCGUGAGCUCGACCGUUAUGCUGUCUACCUCCACACAGACAGUUGCCGCGACUACCAACACGCUAUCCACGGGGGAUCUGAUUCCUCCCGCACGGCCUACGAGUGUGUCCACGGCCACGAGCUCCAGCACCAGCAAGACUACCAGCACCGCCACUGUGUCAGUCUGUCCGACGGGUUUUUAUGCCUGUUCGGCAUAUUACCAGGGUGGGUGCUGCCGGACGGGUCGCGAUUGCGACACCACAUCUUGUCCGGCGACGCCCUCGACGACUAUCGCUAGUGAUGGAGUCACUAUUGUGGUCCCGGUGAUCACUGCGACGGGAACCGCCACAACGGCAACCAGCAGCAGCAGCAGCAGCAGUAUGGGCCGAUGCGCGAGUGGGUGGUUCAGUUGCGCCGAUACAGUUGGGGGUGGUUGCUGCCCGACGGGAUACCGGUGCGGCUCCAGCUGUACGGCAGUCUCGACGGCCACGGAGACUGUCUCGAAGGAGCAACCGACGAGUGGAAGUCAAAAGAGAGGGGUGUCAAGAGGGAUGGCAGGAGUGAGCAUCGUAGUUGCAGUAACUCUGACAGUUCUAAGCAUGAGCUGAUAGCCUUUUAAGUUAGUUAUAACGAAAGAUAUGAGAUCACGGACGGUUAAAUGAAAGCCCAAGCCAACAGGCAAUGCGGAAAAAGGUAAAAGUAAUCGAUGGCUCACGGAUAAGCGAUUCAGCUUUGACAGGCAAAAAAGCCCCGUGGGGCUUUGGAGCACGUGGGGCGUGUUGCUUUACCGGAUCGGGAGCAAUCCCGGUGAAGAGAGAGUCAAGACUCAAGAG